AUGCAGUCAGUUCAAGGAUCAGUGCAGGAUCAAGCCUAUAUGAAACUGGCAAUUGCUGAAGCAAAUAAAUCAAUCCCAUCAGAGUCUGCAUACUGUGUUGGUGCAGUUUUGGUACUUCAUCCAUCAACAGUAUACACUGGCUAUUCGAGAGAAUUACCUGGAAAUACUCAUGCUGAGCAAGUCUGUCUCAUCAAGGCAUCGCAUGCAGGAUUAGAUCUUGACAGGAUGCGUGAUGCAAUCAUGUAUACCACUAUGGAACCUUGCAGUUUGCGUUUAUCUGGAAAUCUUCCUUGUGUAAAUAGACUGAUCGAUGCUGGCAUUUCAAAAGUGUUGAUUGGGAUUCUUGAACCUCCAAAUCUGGUCGAAAACUGUUCUGGAGUGCAGAUGUUGACUGAUGCUGGUAUCCAAGUUGUGCAUCUGACUGGAUUUCAAGGUAGAUCAUUUAAACUAUUUUAUAAAUGUGGUGUGUAA